AUGUUCAAGCAACUUUUCUUCAUCGCGGCGUUGAUUGCCACUGCAACGGCAACAUCCAACCGCAAGCCUAUUGCCAAGGAUAAAAAGAUGGAAGAGCAACGUCGGUUGAAGGCACCUUCCCCCACUGUGGUCCAGAUUGGAGAUGAUACUCUUGAGGUCAUGGGUGGUAUGGAACCAAAGCAACACUGGGUCAAUGGAAAGGCUGGAGACAAGUUAGAUGAAAGCAAGCUCAUGUCUUUUACCAUUGGUGGCUACCCUGUCCGAUUCCGUCAGCUGACUGACAAGUCCUUCCAGUUCAAGAUCUUCUUGCCAAAUGACCAGAACAUUGUCUUGAAGGCCGUCAAGGACUUUAUGCGUGUGGAUGAAGACGCUGUGACAGACAAGCGUCCACGAAAGUGUUCAAAGAAGGUGAUAUCUCCCAAAAAGAUGCAGCAGCAAGUUGGCUGUGACAAGGCUACUAGUAGUGCCUCUGGGGUAGAAGUAACUCUCUAG